AUGUGGUAUAUGACAUUUUGGACAGAAAGAAAUACGUUAGAAAAAGGAAAUGAAGAUGCUGGUUAAUAUGCGCUACAUGUCAAUAAUAAUUACAAGAGAUUGUUGCUUUGGUACAUACUGAGAUCUUAGUUUUAGAUAGAUGCUCAUUAGAAGCUAUGA